AUGCUUACCAAAGGUGUGCUCUUCGCUUUGUUGGUCCUGGCCGUGAUCAGUAGCGAUGUCUUCGACCAGUUUGGCCCGAUCAUGCAACGCAUUAUCGACCAGAGCAAAGUGGAAGGUGCCACCAUCAGAGAAUGUACUUGUGAAGAACAGAACGACUGUUUGAUUGAGCUGAAGGGUCAUGGACUGACUUGUGCCGAAGGGUGCUGGGACAAACUCAAGGGCAAGUUCUCGAAACCAGAUGAAGUUAAAAAGUGUUUGAUGGACAAGGAUGUUGAAGCUGCCAUGUUCUUCGACUGCUUCGAAGAGAAGGCUGACACGUAAGUAAAGGUGGCAUAAUUGCACAAUGCUGUGUCUCUACGUUACAAUAUUGAAUGUUUAGAAAUUAAAAUUAAUAUUUUUCAGAUGUGUCAAGACCAGAGGCAAAGAGCAAGUACCAAAACACGACAUCGAAAAGAUGCUGGACCUCUUCGUGGCCCACUUCAAGAGUAAGGCAAACAAGGUCGCCAACUCUCUGUCAACCCCAAUCCAACAACUCGUUGGAGUUUCUGAAGAGUUCGGAACCUGUGUGAAGUCAUGUAUCCAAGACAAGAACAAGGCCCAGGGCUUCUGCUUCGACCAAAAGAAAUGUCAACUCAAACUGGAUAUCCCUGACAUCAAGUCGUCGUUGAAGAAGUGUACUCAAGAACAGAACUGGAAGGACAAAGCCGAAGAAACCUGCAAAUGCUUGUCAAAAGCUGGAAUCUCGUAAGUAACUUAUAAAAAUUUUCAAAAAAUAUUUAAAAACAUUUUCAAUUUGACAUUUAAACAUUUCUAAAGUAUUUAGUAAUAAGAGUAAUAACAAGUAAUUUAUUCUUGUAAAAAUGACUAAAAUGUUCAAUUUUAGUGAAAUCGAAUCCAUCUGCCCUCUAGUCAAAGCCGCCGCCGCAAAAGUAAAGGACUAA